AUGGUCCUUCCGAUUAGCAACCCGACAAAGUCCUACUGGAUCGAGGCCGCUGAGUCUCCUCUGAGGAAUUUUCAGUCAACCCCAGACCUCCCCAAGGAGACGGAUGUUGUGAUUGUUGGGAGCGGUUACACAGGCACCACAACGGCAUAUUGGUUGCACAAGCACACCGCCAAAGAUGGGACCACUCCGCGUAUGCUUAUGCUAGAGGCCCGAGAUGUAUGUGGUGGCGCCACAGGGCGGAACGGCGGUCAGCUUCGGCCACAUGCCUACUCUCGGUACUCGAGCUGGUCUAGCCGGUUCGGGCCUGAUGGGGCAUUGAAAUUGGUCAAGCAUGAGAUGGCCCAUCUCGACGCCUUCAAGGCUCUUCUGACCGAGGAAGGCGUUGCAGACAAGGUAUGCUUCAAGCUGGGUGAGACAUUCGACGCGGCUAUGACGCAGGAAGCCUGGGCGCGUCUCAAAGGAGCAUUCGAUGCGUUCGUCAGGGAUCACGGCAGGGACGGCGAGGUGAUUCGAGAAUGCCGAAUUAUUGAAGACCCCAAGGAGGCGGAGGCCUUCACACAGAUGAAAGGUUGUAUUGCAGCUGUUGUGCACCCUACUGGUCAAGUUUGGCCAUACAGAUUCGUUCACGCUUUGCUUCAAAUCGUGCUGGACACGGGCAAGCUAAAUCUGCAAGCCAACACACCAGCUUUGAAAAUUUCUGAGAGAGGUGAAGACGGAUACAUCACCGUGUCAACACCACGCGGCGACGUUCGCGCCAAGACUGUUGUGCACGCCACCAACCGAUGGGCUUCUCAUCUCCUGCCCGAGUAUUCUAACCUAAUCUUCCCUUCGGUCUGUACUAUUGGCGCGAUCAAGGCCCCCGAAGGCUUCAUCAAACACUCCGGCGCUCAGCACUGGGACAGCCAUGUCAACAACUACCACGUGCAGCAGCCCCCACCCUAUAACACGCUCAUAGUCGGCGGCGCGAAGGCCGUUCUCUCGCACUACCCGCACGAUUGGGUUCGCUCCGAUGCGGAGGACAAGCUUAACCCCGGGGUAGCCGAGUUCUACAAGACGUGGCCAAAGAACGACAUCGUGGGCUGGCCGGGGAAAGAGGACGAGGCGGAACUCGCGCUCGAAACAAAUGAGGGCGGAAACUGGACGGGAGUCGAGUCGACCAGCAUCGAUUCCUUCCCGUUCGUUGGCCCAGCCCCGGCCCACCCCGGCCAUUUCGUGGCGGCCGGUUUCAACGGCCAUGGCAUGCCCAGGAUCCUCCUCUCGACGGCUCAUAUCACGCCUCUCAUCCUCCAGGAGCUCGGCGUCAAGUGGACCGCCCCUGAGCUGGUGGCCUCUUAUCCCCCUCUGCCCGAGCCAUUUGUCGUCACGGAUAAGCGGAUCAAGCAGUUCACGGAAGCGGACGCGAAGAGGAGCUAUGACGAAAGUGUAAGGGGCCAUGAGGAAAGCGCCGCGAAGCCGUUCUGCAACGAGCCUCGGUGUCUGUUCUGGAAGUCAAAGGGGACGACGGGGCAGGCGGAGGCUCCUAUUGCUGCAACUCAGGGGCCGGACCUCAUCGAGCAUGAUAUGAUGGACGAGAAGCUGUACUUGAAGCAUGCUCUGAACGAUAACGGAAACGUUGAUGUGGUGGGUUGA